AGGGAAUCAUGCCUCAGCCUAUACCUGAACGUGUGAACUCAAAUUAGGUUCCGAGUUGGUCGACAAGAAGGCAGCAAUUUGGAACACCAAGAGAAAGAGAUCAUGGCUUUGGAUGCAAUCGAAGCUUCAUCUCCUCCCUCUCAAUCACCUUCUAAUUUCAGUUCUUCGAAUCAACUUCGCCACUUCUACGUCGCCGUCGACAGACUCCACUUCAAAAUGGAGACGUUAAUUGACCUUCUAGGCGUCGCCGGUCGACGCACGUGCCUUCCGAUAGUAGUCUGCUGCAGCUCACGUGACGAGCUCGAUGCCGUCUGCUCUGCCGUCUCCAAUCUCACUUACGUUUCCUUGUCGUCUUUGUACAGCGACCAAGCUGAAGCAGAACGGGCUUUAAUUUUGGAGAAAUUUAGGGAAGCAACGAUGAAUUGGAACCAACAAGUUACAGUUCAGACAGGAGAUGGUCAUGAAAUUGGGAAAGAUGAGCAGAAAUCUUGUAUGAUUGUCGUAACUGAUACCUGUCUUCCACUUCUUGCUUCUGGCGAAUCUCCCAUCUUGGCUCGUGUUCUGAUUAAUUAUGAAUUACCAACAAAGAAGGAAACAUAUAUGAGGCGCUUGACUUCAUGUUUGGCAGCAGAUGGAAUUGUGAUCAAUAUUGUUGUUGGGGGUGAAGUGGUAACUCUGAAAAGCUUAGAAGAAAGCAGCGGCCUCAUCAUAGCUGAGAUGCCCAUAAAUAUUUCUGAGAUUUUAUGAUGAUUUUUGGCCGUCUGCAGUUUCUAAAAUGUGAUAAAGGAUUUGAUCCUCCGCAUUCUUUACGGCAUUUAGAGUGUGUAAACAUAUCUGGUGGUGUAUCAGAUUUGACAUUGAUUUUGAGCAUCAUUCUUGUAAUAGUUUAUGCAGUCUCUUCUUAGUUUUAGUCUUUUAGAUAUAAGCUUCUUUUGUACCUCUAACCUCUUAACGACUUUGCACACUCCAUUUGAUUUGGUUUCAAGUGUGCAUCUAGGAGUGCAUCAUGCUUUGCUUCAUGAUGGAGAAAAAACAGUGUAACCAACCUGUACUUGUUUUGAAUAAAGAAAUGAAUUCGAUCAUA